GGAAGCCGGAAGGGGCGCUGUGAGGACGUGUUCCGUGGAAGCCGGAGCGGGACCCGGCGGGGCCGGCAACAUGGAGCCGCUGUACCAGCAAACGCACAAGCAUGUCCAUGAAAUCCAGUCUCACAUGGGACGCCUGGAGACGGCAGACAAGCAGUCUCUGCACUUAGUAGAAAAUGAAAUCCAAGCAAGCAUAGACCAGAUAUUCAGCCAACUAGAGCGUCUGGAGAUUUUGUCCAGCAAGGAGCCCCCCCACAAAAGACAGAAUGCCAAACUCCGUGUCGACCAGUUAAAGUACGACGUCCAGCACCUGCAGACUGCUCUUCGAAACUUCCAGCACCGGCGGUAUGCACGUGAGCAGCAGGAGAGACAGCGAGAGGAGCUUCUAUCUCGCACCUUCACCACGAACGACUCUGACACCACCAUACCAAUGGAUGAAUCACUGCAGUUUAACUCCUCCCUCCAGAAAAUUCACCACGGCAUGGAUGACCUCAUUGGAGGCGGGCACAGUAUUCUGGCGGGACUGAGGGCCCAGAGACUGACCUUGAAGGGGACCCAGAAGAAGAUCCUUGACAUCGCCACCAUGCUUGGCCUGUCCAACACGGUGAUGCGGCUCAUCGAGAAGCGGGCCUUCCAGGACAAGUACUUCAUGAUCGCUGGGAUGCUGCUCACCUGUGUGGUCAUGUUCCUCGUGGUGCAGUACCUGACCUGAGCCAGCCAGGCCCCGCGGCUGAACGCCGGUCCCAGGGCGUGAGAGUGUGCGUGAGUGUGUGUGCGCAAACGAGGGGGGGCCCAGGGGCUGCCCUCUGAAAUGUGUGUGCCCGUCUUAACUGUGAAGACCCCUCGGAAGUAAUUGUGACCUGUGACCUGGCGGGAAUUUCAGACCUCUGUUUCUUGUGACAUCUUGGGGAACCCUCAUGCUGCCGAGAUGCGCGGUACUUAGGAAAUGAAGGAAGUACCUGUUCUCUUGCUCACACUCGCUCUCACUGGGGGAAGGAAGUGAAGCCAGGGUGAGGGAGGAGGAGGAAAAGGGGAGGAAGAGAGUGGCCUUGGUGAUUUUGUCCUCGUAGCUGAUACGCGCCUGGGAAGCUCUUCAAGCUUGCAGACAAGACUCCAGGCUCUGUCAUCCUCCAGCCUUUCUGACUCCGUGUAGGUAGUCUGGAACAGAAGCAGGCAGGAGGGGGAAAGGGGCCUUCUUUUUCUGCACUCACUAUAGUAGGUGGAUUCAUACGCUCUUGUUACUAGCCACUGUGCCCACCCCACCCCCCCACCCCAAAAUGAUCUGCAGAUGGCUGACUGCUAAUACUUGUCAUCCUUACCUGGAAGCCGCCACCUAGAGGAAACAGAGGCAUGAGCACUGUUGCUGACAGCAAGUAAGAUUUCCACAUCGCAGUUGCUGGGUGUUUCUCCUUUAUAAAGUAGGGCCACUGUUACUCCCUGGUCUGUCUUGAAACUGAAGACCCUAGUCACCGAUUUGUUUUCAGCAGUCAGUAGAACAGUUGACACUUAAGACUGGAGCCUGGGCCUUUGCCCCUUAGAAAGUAGCUGUGAGCAGAGGUUAGUGAUUGGUCUGUUACAGUCUCAUCUCAAGUUUUAGCAUCUCUAAUAAUAGACUGUUUUCCCUUUCCUGAAAUAUAUUAGCAGCUGCCAGUUAAGCCCCCAUUCUGUCCAGCAAGUGAGGGCAGAUGCUACCCUAGGGAUGCCCCUGGUGUGUAUGUCCUUGUAAGACUCUCUUUUCAGGGACCAGCACUUUUUUUCCUUCUCUGACCCACCCUGGAUUAAGGCUGUACCAAUACCCAACAUGUUGCGAAAUUUAUUGUAAAGCCAAUCUGUUCAAAGAGAGUAAUCAGUGAAAGUACCAGAAAGACCUGGUUAGCAUAUUUUUUCAUCUAUCACAGGCCCUCCCAGCCAUAGGCCCAGUAGGGCAAGACAGAAAUAACACUCAGAAUUUCCCAGAGGAACUAUGAACCCUGUCGGUAUCAACCCCGCCUUUGAACAUCUUGCCCUGGCCCCUUCCUGUCUUGGUUGCUUGUCAUUUGGACUGUCUUCUGUCACCUCCCCCUUUUCUGUGUGUUCCUGUCCACCUCCCUUUUUUACCCUCCCCCUCUGUCUGUAGCAGUAUUGUCUUUUCAGGUACCUCUGUGGCAUAGAGCCCCUUUGGGAAAAGGUUUCUUAAUUGUCACAGAUUUUUAAAUGAGUUUUCCAGGUACUGAUUUCACACUUUUGGUUGGAUCGCCAUUGCUCUUGCUCGUCUGGGCUAAACAGGGGCCCUGGGUUUCUGAGGAAUGGGGACUCUGAUCCCUUCAUAAAAGGUUGAGGGCCCUACCAGAGUGAAGACUGGCCUGGUGGAUAGACACAGGGGGAAUGCAUCUUCUGACCUACCUAUGACUUGGGGAGGCCCAGUUUGAAAUAUCCCUCACACCAGCACCCCUGUCAUCCCAGGGACCCAGCACAGGCUUCUUAUCAGUUCACAAAAUGGGUUUUUAAACUGCACAGACUCGGCUGAGCCUGGGCACCCGAGGAUCCUGCCAGGCAGUGCACUUUAGAAGAUGUGCAAGGAGCAGCUGAGCCAUUUGUACUUGAACUCAGAGGAGGCAGAAACUCCCCCACCCUCUGCCUCUGGUGGCUGACGUGACAUCUGUUUGCAAUGUACACCGGUGUAUUUCCACGCUUGGCCUUCACAAGUGAUCGCUGGCCUCGAUGAACCAGAAGUAAGGUCUGCACCUUCAGUGCCGUUCUUCCUGCUUUGUAAUAAAAAUGGAGGAGACAGUUGUGGGUCUUCACCACCUGCGGGGUGAGGAACAGCAGCCGCCGGAUGUCGUAAGGUCCUGGGGCACUGAGACCUCGUGUCCUCCUGGGCUUGGCUUUCAGUGAUCUGGGAGAAACACUUGCGCCUAAUUGGGUGCUCUGUCUCCACAGUCCUGAGAGUACAGGGAAGGGUCCCAGAGCAGGGAAGGAGCGCCCUCUAGUGGAGAUGGGGUGAAUUCUUAACAUAAGCUCUAGCAGCAGCCUCUGGGAUCUUGUAAAGAAUUUUGGUGUUCCUGUUGUGGUUUAAGAGAGGUGGGUAGUCCAGAAACUUGGAAAUAUCUUCAUUCCAUGGAUGUUUACUCCAGGUGUGAUCAUCUUAAGAAAAGCCAAACUCCAAGAACAAGUAAGUAGGAGAGUCUUGAUUUUAUAGAAGGCUUCACUGCUGGGUUUUCUCUUAAGAUCUUCGCCCUGAUGAGUUUAAAUGGGUUUGACUUGCAAAUUUGGCUUUACGCUCCUUGUUUUUGAAACACCUCAAUUGAAUAAAGUUGCCAUUUAUUUUAUUUAGAAAAUGA